CUGUGUUCGAGAGCAUCAAAAGGACUGCAUACUGACUGAUUUAAAAAUCACUUUGCAUCAUAAAAACCACACAUUAUUAUUUGUAGAUCAGUCCGAAUUUGCCACAUAUAUUGCGGUUUUGAUCCUCUCGAACACGGCCUGUUUAUUUCAAGCCUGCUAUGCUAGGUUAGGGCGCACUGUUAGCUAGCUAGCAAGAAAACAAACAAACGUUCGUUCGUUCGGCCAAAUAAUUGUUCUCUUCCCACAGUUUAUUUAGAGCUAGUCCCACUUGACGAAGGUGCAAUGUCGUCGUGGGCACCAGGCGGCAGACGGCCUCAACCCAACCCAAACGGAGGCAGUGUUAAACCUCUUCGGCCUUUUCGAAGACCAGCACCAUACCCCGUGAGAGAAGACAGAACCGACGACCACAAGGAUUCUGAGAGUUACGAGGAGUUGGACCAACAGCAUGACUACUCAGGUAACAACAUGGACUAUGAAGGAUAUCAACAAAAUGCUUCUCCCAAGGUUUACAAUGCAGCUGACAAACGUAGCGCCCUCUACCAGCGGUUCUACAAGCAACUCCAGGAGAAGACACCUGCAGACUGUGUUGUUCUGUCUGUGAGCAACCAGAGCACGGAUUACCCCAAAUCUAUAGGCCACUGUUUGCAGGACCGUGGCCUCUCGGUGGAAAUGAUUUACCUGCAGGCGGAGUCGGGCCUGACCCGGGCCCUACAAGAUGUCCGCUCCGACGGUUCCCCCUUAUGUAUUCUUGUCGAACAGACUAACGUAGCUCUGUCCUCGUGCACAGUAAUCAUAUUUUCAGAAUCCCUCAAAAUCCACCGCAACAUGCCCAAGGACCAUGCCAUGGACUUUGUAAUGGCGGAGUAUGGCCGUGGGCUUGGGGAGCGGACGCAGCAGAAGGACCCUGCAGAAACAGGGGCGCGGGCAGCCGAGCUGGUGGAUGACUACCUGGAGAGAGAGAAAAUGGAGAGGCAUGCUGUGCCCUCUGACACCCGCCAGCUGCUCUUCUUCCUGGCCGAGGGAGUCCACCUGUACCCCGAGGAGCUGAGCACCAUCGCAGAGUACCUUCGCAACCGCCAGGACCAUCUGCAAGCCACGUCUGAGACUGGUGAUGGCCCCCGGCCUGAGAGGAAGAAGAUGUUGCCUCCUGGUUUAGGGAAACCUCCACCGCUGCUACCUACCCCCUCAGGCCCUCAUGGCAGAGAGCCACCCCCUGGGAUGGGAGAGCACCCUGCCACCCCCCUCAUGACUCCAGGCUCAUACCCGAAGACCAAGCCCCCUCCACUGCUGUCCAUGCACCAGGGACAGGGGCUAUCUCAUCGUUCCCCUCAUGGUCCCCCACCUCCUCACGGCCCCUCUUCUACACAUGGACCUCCUCACGGCCCCCACGGUCCACUACCUCGUGGACCCCCACACCACCAUGGCCCCCCUAACCCCCGAGGGCCCCCUCCCCCCCGUGGUCCUCCACAGAGUGGCCCCAUGCCCCCACACGGCCCCAGAGGAGCCCCACCAUCACUGAAGAGCCUUCACAUGGGACCACAGCCUGGGCUGCUCCCCUGUCCAGGUGGUCUGCCUCCACACCCUAACACACCCAGGCGCUGAGAGAAGAACACCUCUAGACCACCAUGGACAGACAGCAGAAAGCAUCAGAGCUGACCAGGAAACACUGUCAUACUGGCCUGAGGAGUGGGAUCUCCUUCAGCUCAGUACCCUGCUGCUGCUCUCUCAGGACCCCACACUACCACUCCUCAUCCCAGAGCCCUGUGUAGAUAGAGUAUCUCUGUAUCCAUAGUUUAGCAAGCUGAAAUAGAAUGUUUGGAUGUAUUUGACUAUUUGGAAGUUCAGAGCUCAAUUUUUAUGAGCAUUUGAGUUGACCCACAGCAAUGUUCAGGAGCCAAGUCAGAACAAAUGAGAUGUUUUUUUUUUUUUAUUGCGUUCUCAGAUUCUUUGUUUUGUGUUUUUGUUUCAUUGAUCUGUUUUUGUAGUUUAAGUUUUUAUCUGAAAAUUGGCUGUCGAAUAUUAUAAUAAACAAUAGAAUAAAGGCUAAUCAAUCUCA